AUGAAUAAAAAACAGGAACACACAAAAUCAACAGCACAAUCCCUUUUUUAUUCAUCAACAACGGAUUAUCAAAUGAGCAAAUUCUUCAUCUUCACACUUCUUCUCUGCUUCUUAACCGAUCCGAUUUUCUCAAUCGUCCAGCUCAGUUCCAUCUCCACUUCCUUCCCGGACACUCCCGCCAGAUUCAGUAGCUACUCUCGAUUCUCUAAUUUCUUGGUUGCUAUCGAUUUUUUCAUCCUUUUCCAAUUCGAAUCUGUGACUGCAGCUGCAGGUCUGAACGGCAGCGCAAUCUGCGGCGGUUUGUGGGUGGCUGAGCCGCUCGACGCCUGCUCGCCGCUGCUCGAUGAAGUCGAAGACGGCCGUGAUGAGAAUGCGAAUAUUGUUCUGAUAGUGAGGGGAAAUUGCGCGUUUGACGAGAAGAUCAGAAAUGCGCAGAAAGCACGGGUUCCCGGGAAUGCUAGGCAGCAUAGAUUGUAUGCAUUGGGAAUGGAAGAACUGUCCCGCUGCCUGGAAGGGGUUUUACACGACCGGCUACAAGGGAAAAAAUCCCACGAUGAUCCUUCCGAUGUUUCUUUGCGAUUUAUUCCGCUGGUGGUUGUCUUUUCUUUUCCUACUGACCCUGCUUUGCAAGGGCAAAUGCAUCUUUCUCCAUUUCAGGCUCACUCUAGUUUUGUUCCUCUUGGUGAAACAGUGAUGGGAAACCAUGAAGGACUGUGGAUAUAUGCUGUAUUUGUGUCGAACACAGCAGGGGAGACCCUCAGAGAGAAUGCUCGAGGAGUGGGAGGCAAAUGCUGCAUCAUCUCACUUGUUGAUGAAACUGCCUGGACGGUGCUGGUUAUAUCAUUUAUUUCACUCCUUGCUGUAAUAUGUCUCCUGGUUUCAAUUUGCUUCACGGUCAAUCAGUGGAGGAAUCAUCAAGAGACGAGGGCUACUGCUGUUGAUGAUAAUGUAGUGGAUACGCUCCCUAGAAUAACAUUCGGCUCCGUGAAUCUGUCCGCUCCCAUAGGAGAGACAUGUACAAUCUGUCUCGAGGACUACAAACAUGGGGAAAGCCUGAAAAUUCUUCCUUGCCGGCAUGGUUUCCACUUGAGCUGUGUAGAUUCAUGGCUGACGAAGUGUGCUGCAUUCUGUCCAGUCUGUAAGCAUGAUGUAAGAACUAGAAUGACUUCAUCAAUCAAGUGAGCAACCUACCGUACCGUACCUUAUACGCGGUCUGCUCCCUAUCGUUCUUGGCAUGCCAACGAUGGUCUUGAAAGUGAACGGAGGGCGUACCGGUUUCUCCUCUAGUCAAGAUCAUCAUGAGAAAACUUGAUAUACUAAAAGAUUGAUGUAAGCUGAGCAGGGGAACUGUUUAGAUAGAACAACUGCAUAAAGGAGCAAAUGCCUAUUGCUGCGAGCGGUGGGAAUGUGUUUUGGAAACAAGUAAGCAACAAUGGAUGCUUUGCUUUUCUUUUUUCUUUCUGACUGUAUAUGAUGGGAUGUUCAAGACAGUAUAAAUAUUUGUUGUAUAAAGUAGUCAUUUUU